GUCCAAUUUGUUUAUUUAUUUUCCUUUUUUCUCCGAUCAAUUCAAAACCCUACUUCAACCCUUGCUGCGACAGAGAGCUUUCUGGAGAAAACGCCGAAAUCGGAAAUGGCGUCUAUUGUUCUUCGAUCUCGCCUGUUGCCAAGAUUAACAAAGCUCAGAUCUCGUAAUCUGAGAUGUUUCUCUGCGGAAGCAUCUUCUUCCAAUUCUUCAUCUAGGUAUCCGGGAGUCACCUCUACCCAGUCGAUGUUUUCUGAUUUUCCACCGCCAAAUCAGCCGCCACCUCCUCCUCCUCCUCCGGUGGAAGCUUCGGCCGCGGCAGCGACGGGGAAGGAGCGAAAAGGUCUUAAGUAUCUUGGUUACACACUCCUCUGGGCACUCACUGGUGCUACCGCUGCUACUGGUUACGCAAGUUAUGCUUACACAAUAGAUGAAGUGAAUGAAAAGACUAAGGCGUUCCGAGAAUCAGCUAAGAAGACACCAGUUAUUAAGUCUUCUGGCAUUGAUGUGAUUGAUAAAUAUCAAACUAAGUUGUAUUCUGCUGCGUUGACAGGUUCUGCUAAAGCCAUUGAUAAGUAUUUGGAGCUUAGGGAAAUUGUGGAGGAACAAGUGAAAGGCUUCACGGAACCUCUCUCGGAAAAGCUACUUCCGGAUCUGCACCCCUCAGAACAGCAUGUCUUCACUCUAGUUCUUGAUUUGAAUGAGACCCUGCUUUACACUGACUGGAAGCGAGAAAGAGGGUGGAGGACAUUCAAAAGACCAGGUGUCGAUGCGUUCUUGGAGCAUCUUGGGAAAUUCUAUGAGAUUGUCGUGUAUUCUGACCAGAUGGAUAUGUACGUACUUCCGGUCUGCGAGAAAUUAGACCCAAAUAACUACAUACGUUAUAGGCUAGGAAGAGGCGCUACUAAAUAUGAAAAUGGAAAGCACUAUAGGGAUCUGUCAAAGCUGAACAGAGAUCCAAGGAAGAUUCUGUUUGUUAGCGCAAAUGCCUUUGAAUCAACCCUUCAACCAGAAAAUAGCGUGCCAAUCAAGCCUUACAAACUAGAAGCUGAUGACACGGCCCUAGUUGACCUGAUACCCUUCCUGGAAUAUGUUGCACGUAACAGUCCAACGGACAUCAGACCGGUUCUGGCCUCUUUCGAGAGAAAAGAUGUUGCUAAAGAGUUCAUUGACAGGUCCAUAGAGUAUCAAAAGCGAAAGCAACAACAACAGGGACAAGGCCGAUUCUGGAGGCGUUAAAGGAUCUAAUAUUUAUGUAUAGCGAGAGACAAUUAUAUCACCAUUGAUGCUGCACACCAUAAAAUAGGAACAUGAUCUACCGUUCUUCGCUAUGGAUUUUUAGGUAUAAUUCGAAUUAAAAUGGUGUCUUUCUCAUCAAAGAGUUGUUAUGUUUACCCAAUUUUCCUGUUCUCUUCUCUCUGCUAUACAUAGAAAAUUUUUCUAUGAGAACUAAAAAGAAAAAUAUCAUAUGGAAGGUUCAUUUUUCGCUGUCUAACAAAUACAUUUUUUUCUGAUUUAUUUUU